AGAUAUGAGCGACGGCCUCCCCUAGCCUGCCUCGAAGCCUCAUUCCGUGCUGCGCCAGGUCCUAAGGCCGGUCUGCAAUCGUCAAAGGGGUGGAGUGACACCCGCCCAAGCCCCGCCUCCUGCCCCGCCUCCCGACUGCAACCUGAAUCCAGUAGAGGCAGCGUAGCAGCCAUUCUGUAAGUGGUGUCGGUGGCUCCCCAAGCACUUGAAGCUGGCUCCAGCCAUAUAGCUUCCUCCACCCAACCUUGGUACCUGUUCCUCCAGCCUUCCCUAUAAUUCUGCCAGCUACUGUGGAGGAAAAGUUAAAUAUUAAAUUUGAACUUAAUUGAACGUGGACACAAUGGUCAAGUCCCGUAACAGGUUGCAUGAGCCCCUUGAGGCAUUCAUUCAUCCAGCACUGUUACAGAUAACUCUGUACCUGUACUUGAGUUAUUGAAAAACACACAAUCACAAAAACAAGUUGACCUUUAUGUGUUCCUUGAGCCCAGUCGCGAAGGGCCCUCGUGACUGGGCCUCAUGCCAAUCAACGCAUUACAAAAAGAGCCAGGGUCGGCCGGGCACGGUGGCUCACGCCUGUAAUCCCAGCACUUUGGGAGGCCAAGGCAGGCAGAUCACGAGGUCAGGAGAUGGAGACCAUCCUGACCAACAUCUCUACUAAAAUGCAAAAAAUUAGCCAGGCGUGGUGGCGUGCACCUGUAGUCCCAACUACUCGGGAGGCUGAGGCAGGGGAAUCACUCGAACUCGGGAAGCGGCGGUUGCAGUGGGCCGAGAUCGUGCCAUUGCACUCCAGCCUGGCAACAAAGCGAGGCUCUGUCUCAAAAAAAAAAAAAAAAAAUGAGCCAGGGUCCCAGGCCACACGGAAGCUUCUUGAGACCCCUCCUCCUCUGCGCACGGACAAGUGGCUGACUCUGGAGCCCAGGCUGUUGCUUCCCGGUCUGGUGAUGAAUCCAACAUAGUCUGGUGUCAGAGCCAGAGGAGAAGAGUGGACAACCCAACUGCCCACCACAGGUCCCUAGAAGUACAGGUCAAGCCUAUGCUGGGGAGAGGCAAACAGUUUCCUGGUACAUAGCUGCUAAAACCCUUGGAAUUUCUGAAGUGAUGAACUGGUCUCUGUGCAAAUCCUGAGUGCUAAAGCUUCCAACAAGACUGAUGCUAGCUCGUGUCACCAUGAAGAUGCUACGUCAUGCCAAGUGUUUUCAGCGCCUAGCAAUUUUUGGUUCUGUGAGGGCAUUGCAUAAAGAUAAUAGAACAGCAACCCCUCAGAAUUUCUCCAACUAUGAAUCCAUGAAAAAGGACUUCAAACUGGGGAUUCCAGAGUAUUUCAACUUUGCUAAAGAUGUCCUGGACCAAUGGACUGAUAAGGAAAAGGCUGGAAAGAAACCUUCAAAUCCAGCCUUCUGGUGGAUCAACAGAAAUGGAGAAGAGAUGCGAUGGAGUUUUGAGGAACUGGGAUCUCUGUCCAGAAAAUUUGCCAAUAUACUUUCAGAAGCCUGUUCCCUACAAAGAGGAGAUCGGGUAAUUCUGAUUCUGCCCAGGGUCCCAGAGUGGUGGCUUGCAAAUGUGGCCUGUCUGCGAACAGGGACAGUUUUAAUUCCAGGAACCACUCAGCUGACCCAGAAAGACAUUCUCUACAGACUACAAUCUUCAAAAGCAAACUGCAUUAUCACCAAUGAUGUUUUAGCCCCAGCAGUAGACGCUGUUGCAUCCAAAUGUGAAAAUCUGCACUCCAAGCUGAUUGUAUCAGAGAACUCCAGAGAGGGGUGGGGGAACCUCAAGGAGAUGAUGAAACAUGCCAGCGACAGCCACACCUGUGUGAAGACAAAACACAAUGAGAUCAUGGCCAUAUUCUUUACCAGUGGAACAAGUGGAUAUCCGAAAAUGACUGCACACACCCACAGCAGUUUUGGUUUAGGAUUAUCUGUAAAUGGAAGGUUCUGGCUAGAUUUGACACCCUCAGAUGUGAUGUGGAAUACCUCAGAUACGGGCUGGGCAAAGUCUGCAUGGAGUAGUGUUUUUUCUCCGUGGAUCCAGGGAGCAUGUGUAUUCACACACCAUUUACCCCGUUUUGAGCCGACUUCUAUCUUGCAAACACUCUCCAAGUACCCCAUCACAGUCUUCUGUUCAGCACCAACUGUAUACCGAAUGCUUGUACAGAAUGAUAUGGCCAGCUAUAAGUUUAAAAGCUUAAAGCACUGUGUGAGUGCUGGGGAACCAAUCACCCCUGACGUGACUGAAAAAUGGAGAAACAAGACAGGCCUGGAUAUCUACGAAGGAUAUGGACAGACUGAAACGGUGCUAAUCUGUGGAAAUUUUAAGGGAAUGAAAAUUAAACCUGGCUCAAUGGGAAAACCUUCUCCUGCUUUCGAUGUUAAGAUUGUAGAUGUAAAUGGCAAUGUUCUACCUCCUGGACAAGAAGGAGAUAUUGGCAUUCAAGUUCUACCUAACCGACCAUUUGGCCUUUUUACUCAUUACGUAGAUAAUCCUUCAAAAACAGCUUCAACUCUACGAGGCAAUUUCUAUAUCACUGGGGACAGAGGAUAUAUGGAUAAAGAUGGGUAUUUCUGGUUUGUUGCAAGAGCAGAUGAUGUCAUAUUAUCCUCUGGUUAUCGAAUUGGACCAUUUGAGGUAGAAAAUGCCCUGAAUGAACACCCUUCAGUUGCAGAGUCAGCUGUUGUCAGCAGCCCAGACCCCAUCAGAGGAGAGGUAGUAAAGGCUUUUGUCGUUCUAAAUCCUGAUUACAAGUCACAUGAUCAAGAACAACUAAUAAAGGAGAUUCAGGAGCAUGUUAAAAAAACUACAGCACCUUACAAAUAUCCCAGAAAGGUAGAAUUUAUUCAAGAGCUGCCAAAGACUAUCAGUGGGAAGACAAAAAGAAAUGAACUGAGGAAGAAAGAAUGGAAGACAAUUUAAAGUUGUUUCAUUAAUUACCAUAUCUAUAAAACAAACAUAGUAUCUGUCAAUCUCUAGAAACCACAAGAUGAUGGAGAGGUCAUAAAAACUGUGGUAGUAUGCUUAGAAACUGUUGAUUUAAAAUAUCUUGUGGUUAUGAUAUCAGAGGCUAAAUUUUGAAAUAAAAUAUUUGGCAAAUUCCUCCA